AUCAAGAAAGCCCAGAAUCCUGAAACAUAUAAACCCUAGAAAACCCUCUGUCUCCCAAUUCCCUCCCCUCAUAUUUGACAAUGGCAAAGAAAACCAUGGAAGUUGUGAAAGGCCUAGACUUGCAGAGGUACAUGGGCCGCUGGUAUGAAAUUGCUUCAUUCCCAUCAAGGUUUCAGCCCAAGAAUGGAGAGAACACUAGGGCCACCUACACUCUGAAAGAAGAUGGGACUGUGAAUGUGCUCAAUGAGACCUUCACGGAUGGGGUCAGAAGCUCCAUAGAAGGCACUGCCUACAAGGCUGACCCUUCAAGUGAUGAGGCAAAGCUCAAAGUCAAAUUCUAUCUCCCUCCAUUUUUGCCCAUCAUCCCUGUUACUGGGGAUUACUGGGUUUUGUAUAUUGAUGAGGAUUAUCAGUAUGCUCUCAUUGGUCAACCUAGCAGAAAUUACCUUUGGAUAUUGAGCAGGAAGCCUCAUCUAGAUGAGGAGAUUUACAACCAGCUAGUGCAGAAAGCCAAGGAUGAGGACUAUGAUGUGACCAAACUCCACAAGACACCACAGGGUGAGAAUCCUCCAGAAGAUGCACCCACGGACACAAAGGGUACCUGGUGGUUCAAGUCCCUCUUUGGAAAAUAGAGAAUUUCUGAUUGGAGUAGCAUAUUGGGGAUCUGAGUAUAUUGUAUAUAUGAAUGAAUAAUCAGAGCCUCUUUUGCAACAUUUAGGCUAGGAGUAUCAUUUGGUUUGUUAAAAUAUGCAACAUAAAGUUUGAAGCCUACUGGUUGAAGUUGUGGAACAAAUAGCUAAGAAAUUUCCAUCUGGAUGGUUCUGUGUAA